AUGCUGGCCCUCCUCUCCCUCCUCGCCCUGGCCAACGCCUACGCCAAUCCCGGCGCUUGUCUCGGUGACUGCUGGACACACGAUCCAGGUCUUUUCCAACGCGUCUCCGAUGGCAAGUACUUUCGCUUUGCUACGGGGAAUGGCAUUCACGUCGCCUCGGCCAAUAGCAUCGAAGGGCCCUGGAAAGAUCGUGGAUAUGUCUUGCCCGAUGGGUCGUCCAUUGACCACGAAGGGAGCAACAAUCUCUGGGCCCCCGACGUCCACUUCGAAAAUGACACCUACUACCUGUACUACUCGGUAUCGACGCUGGGAUCGCAAGACUCGGUCAUCGGCGUGGCCAGUUCCCCCUCCAUGGAGGUAGGCACCUGGACCGACCAUGGAUCCAUUGGGCUGUCCUCGACGCCGGAGAAGCCCUACAAUGCCAUCGAUGCAAACUGGGUGCUCAUCGAUGGCACGCCCUAUCUGAACUGGGGCUCGUACUGGCAUAAUCUGUACCAGGCCCCCAUGGACUCGCCGCUGCAGCUGAGCGACGAGACUCCCCGGAAUAUCGCCUACAACGCGACGGCCAACCACGACAUAGAGGCGAGUUUCGUCUUCAACCAUGCCGGGUGGUCCUAUUUGACCUUCUCGUCGGGCAAAGCGGGUGGAUACGAGGAGCAGAAACCAGCACCGGGUGAGGAGUAUCGCAUUGUGAUAUGUCGGUCAUUGAGCGGAACGGACGAUUAUGUCGACCAACAAGGCCAAUCCUGCUUGGAAAGCGGAGGAACCACGCUUCUCGCCAGCCAUGACAUGGUCUACGGGCCGGGAGGACAGGGCAUCGCCAAAGACGAGAAUCUCGGCCUCGUGCUGUACUAUCAUUACGCCAAUCCGAGCAUCGGACUGUCCACAGGCCAGUAUCAGUUUGGAUGGAAUCAGCUGAAAUGGGUGGAUGGAUGGCCCGUGGUCGUGUAG